GCUCCGGCGACUGUUUAGGUGGGUCAAAGUACUGUAGCGUGUCAGAGGCACUCAACAGUACCCUAGAUCACCGUUGCUGCCGUAGGCUCCUCCAGCCUCAACGACAUAUCCGUGUGAUGACAUGACCCAAAGACUGAUUUGGUAUCCGUGUUUUGAAAGGGCACAAAGGCCGGCCAAGGAAUGUCUCGCCGCAUCGAUAUAUGGCAUUCCCGACUGGCUCCCCUAUCACAUUUUCGUGGCUUUCUGGCAUGUAUCCCUUGUCGUCGCCGUGAGUUACGGAUGCCCCCCGCGCCUCGUCGGGCAGUUUUAUCUGCAUCCAUGGCAUGCACGCCUGCCCUACUCGGGUUGCUCCCAGCAUGCUGUACUUGCAGCUGCCACCGUCGUUGUUGAGAUCGCCUCUUGCUCCAGAUUUGACAGCAGGACGAGCCGGAGCCACGGCCCCGGCCUGCUCGGCUUCUUGCAGCCUUUGCAGCCUCCGCUGGGAAUGUAAAGCUAAUCAGACUUCCCGCCAGAACGCCCACUCAAACCCUGUGCCGUUAUCGGGAAAUCCACAGUCACAUUCUCCUAGUCUCUGCGUUUCCUUGCCCCAUCGCGUCCAAGGUUUCGAGCUUCUUUCCCAGGGCACUGGCGAGUAAAUAUCUGCGUUUAGCAUUACGGAUAUGCUACAGGCCGUCAACCUGCCGAAUCGUAGGGUUGAACUUUCACUUUGUCGCCUCAAGGGUUAUCCGAGAUCUGAAACAGACUGCUUCGUGGUUGUCGGUGGUUUGCAGAUCAACCACGAAAUGUGGGCUCUGAUAAAAACCCAUCUUCUGAGGGCUACAAAUCAAGAUCGCCGACCACAUUGAGCCCAUCGUGCCAGCAGAAGGCUUGAUGUUCCGAGAUAGGAUAGGCUGCGGCAGGGAUCGACCGGUUUGUCAAACUUCGGUUGAAUUAUCCUCAUCAGACCGACCAGGUGGGUGUUCGUCUCAUAAUUCAGCCGGAAAAUGUCGAAGUUGGAAUGUUGAAAGCCGAUUUCCGGCUAAGACUCUAUCGAAGUGGCGUCCAAUAUCGAUUGCAUACCAACAUAAUGCUGUCGUGUAAUCCGGCGGGGCGCGCUGUUUCGCGAUUAAGAAGAAUUGAACAACCUAGAUGCGCUUUACCACAGAUGAGCAGGGAGCAAGACAACUGUGUGUCCUUUGCCAUAUUGGCCAAGGGUUCCAAAAUUCACGGUGUCGGUUCGUCGUGAG